AGCACGCACCGCUGCCAAACAGCUAGCCUCGACAAGAGCACGUUGUGGCGAAGCGCUUCAUAGCGAAACAGUUCGAGUCUCAACACCAGCCGUCAGGCUCUCGUAUUGUGCGACUCACCUACUCUCGCUCGAAACAAGCCGAGCUUUCUAACAGACGAGGCUCGAGCGUACUCCGUAGUGGUCUACCUCUAGUGCGUGUUUCUACACAUGCUUUCGGAAUCGCGUCUGGAGCGGAGCAACGCCACCGUGUCGCCGGAGACUGUUGAGACCUAUGGGUCGGAGUGCUAGUGGUGGAUGUCAGUGAAUGGCGUGAGACAUAGAAGGACCUCUGUAAGCCGGGACUUGAAUCGGCUCCAAUUCGGAACCGUGGGAGGGAUACCUCCGGCUCAGACAGAGCCACCAAAGGACAACAGUUCAUGAUCUCUUGGAUCUUGGACCUCGGUUGCAAGCCGACGCUCGAUUGAGAAUAUUCAAUCGGAUUCGGAAAGGAAACUCGACAAAAUCGUGAAUCGAAAUGUCGUCCCCGUCGUCGGAAGUCGGAGUCGAGUCUCCGCGUUCAAAUUUCUUGUCUCGAAUGCUCUCCGGCAUCUACUCGGCGUACAGCAACUUGAAUGGAGCAACACUGACGGGAGCUAUUGACGUGAUUGUCGUCGAGCAUCAAGACGGAUCUCUGCACUGUUCGCCUUUCCACGUCCGUUUCGGCAAAGGCAGCGUAUUAUCAAGCAAAGAGAAGGAGGUCGAAAUCAGCGUGAAUGGCGAAGCCGUUGACGGUGUACAGAUGCUAUUGGGCGACUCGGGCGAGGCUUUUUUCGUAGAAGAAGUGCCAGAGAUCGAAUUCGCUGCUUUCCAAGCGCAGCAGAGCGAGCAGCUUGAUGGCGCCCCGAAAAAAGUGACCGAGGUCAGCCCCCCGAGUAAACGGGUCGUCGGACGGAAGAAAUCUGUGUACUGUAAAUCGGUCCAGGAGAGACGCGACGAGAUCGCAAACCAUCUCAUUUGCCACGAAGAAGACACCGAAUCGCCGAGAAAGUCGGAUCUGGGCAAGAGCCCUAGCCGAGCAGUACAGCGACGGAAAAAAUUCACGAAAACUCGUAGCGAUACCCUGCAGUGUAGUCAAGAUGAUUCUUCGACGGACGAAGAAAUGUUCAAUUUCGAAUUCGACUCGAACGAGAACGAUUCAACUAGUCGCGGCAACGCACAUCGACAGCGCAGGUCGGGACUCCUCAGCCUGAAGUCCAUGGAGAAACAGCUCAAGUUCCAGAUCACCGAAGACGUUAUCCCUCGGCUCUCGCUCCAGAUCUGUUCCGAAGCUGAACUCUCGGACCAUGAGCUCAGCGAGGUCGGGAGAGUUUCGGCGGCGAAGUCCGACACCGAGCUGGACCGCAGCGAUUUCGAUGAUGCCAACUGGGGAUGGGGCAGACUCCCGAUGAUGGACGGUGAAUUCCCUCUCGUGGGAAAUAAGCUUUCAACUCCCAAUCGACGUCCCAGUCGGAAAUCAGUCGGGAACCGCCAAAGUUCCCCGCCUGCUCAGUCGAAAACCAAAGGAAGCUCUCCGACGAGUGGACAACCUCCGAAGCAUUCGCCCGAGAGCAAAAGCGUCGAGAAGAAGAUUUCAGGCGAAGUUUUCCUGGAUGAACUUCUACCUGCCGCUCAGAAAGAUCCGAAGAUAUCAGAGAAAUACUUUGGAAGACCUCGAUCAACGUCAGAAAUUCCCCGAAGGAGAUCUCGCGAUUUGCCGGAUGAUCUCGCUCUUUCGUUAUGCGGGGGCCUAAGCUCGGCAGAGAACGGGGACGACCCGGGCCUUGAGGCAUUCGAGCACUGCCGAGUAACUUUCGACGCGCUGUGCGCAGAUCCAUCCAUUGUGGACAAUCCGUCACUCGUUGUUCGUAUCGGGGGCGAUUUAUAUAGUUGGAAAGCGGCGGCUCCUCUAGUGGCCUCCUUGCUGGUCUUCAAGCGCACCCUUCCAUCGACCGUGAUUUCCGCUGUUCGGGAAAGACACAUGAAGAAUCGAAACAGUCCGGCAAGUUCCACAGCUUCUUCUCCUGGGAACACGAGUGGAUGGUGGUUAUGGCGGAGCAGCGUCAGUCAUCUAUCGGACUCAGGGGUCAGCGCCGACGAAACAUCGUCUUCCAGGGCAAAAACUGAGACUCCAUCAGUAAACAUCGUCAAGACAGCUCCCGAGCAGAGCCAGGAGUACAGGGAGUGGGUGGGCUCCCACGAAGAGGUCCUGACGAGAGUGUGCGGCACUCCAUUCCGUAAAACGCUGCGUCUCACUUCGGAGAAGCUUAAACAGUUGGGAUUGGUUCCCGGACGCAAUGACGUGGAAUUCAGUGUCACCACAUCCUUGCAAGGAACCACCCGAUGCACUUGCCACAUCUUUUUAUGGCACGAGACGGACAAAGUUGUCAUUUCGGAUAUUGACGGAACAAUAACCAUUUCUGACAUCCUCGGUCACGUGAUGCCGAUGCUUGGCAAAGGUUGGGAGCACUUGGGAGUCGCCACCCUCUUCAAUAAAGUCGCAAACAACAACUACAAGUUUAUAUACUUGUCUGCGAGAGCCAUCGGCCAGGCGGGGAUGACCCGGGGAUAUCUGAAAUCCAUCCGACAGGACAGCCUAUCGCUUCCCGAGGGUCCGGUGUUGCUGAAUCCCACGUCGCUCCUCAAUGCAUUCCAUCGCGAGGUUAUCAUAAAGCGACCGCAGGAUUUCAAAAUAUCUUGUCUGAAGGACAUAAUGUCGCUCUUCCCCAUGGAUUCGAGACCUUUCUACGCAGGAUUCGGAAAUCGCCUGACCGACGUGCUGUCGUACCGAGCCGUUUCGAUCGAGACUCAGCGGAUUUUCACAAUAAAUCCCAAAGGCGAGCUGACCCGAGAGUUGGUAGCUACGAGCGCCGCCGUCACCCUUGGAAGCGAGAGCUCAAACAUCACGGAAAGUGGGGACGACUCGUCUCAGUCCCAAGCGAACUCGAGCUACAAAGCCUUAUCGGACAUCGCGGACGAGAUCUUCCCACCCCUAGUCAAGCCCCAAGCAGGCGGAGCCUGAUCCGAUUCAUCUGAAUCAGCAUAUGGACAUCAUAGUGAUUUUCGAAAAUGUAAAUAACGAACGAUUCUCAUGGACAGAAUUCGAAGGAAACUCUUCCGCCGGAGCUGAGAGGGAAAAUAUCAUGGUUGCCGAUCCUCUGGAAUGAGAUCGUCGCAUUUGACGUGCUCAGUAAAAUCUGCGUCACUCUAAGCAGCCGUUCGCUGUAAUUUUCGACACUAA